ACCAAGGCUGCGUCGUACGUCCAGUCGAGGGAGUCAGCGUGGUAGUAGUUGGCGUUUGAAGAGUCGAAAACGUGAUGGUGAUAAAACAAGCCUCGUUGUCGAUAGCCAAUCAGAUUCAUAUGAUGAUGUAGAUGAUGAUGUAUUUUUAACUAGUCCCAAUUCCCAGUCCCCUACUUACAGCGCUGGUACGCCAAGAACCCCCAAUAACCAUAGUCGAGAUUGUAACGGUCAUCCCCCUUUGAAUAAUCAACGAACUUUAAGUCCCCAAAACUCCAUAAAAGGAAAUGCACCACAAACACUCACGCCAAAAAAUUCCAUCAAGUCAAAUCACAGCUGGAGUCGCAAUAAUUCGGUGACGAGUAACCGAAGUGGGUGCAACUCCUUUGAACUUAGUCGUCAAAAUUCUUUCACAAGUCAUCGAACUUUAACCUCUGUAGGAAGCGGAGCAUCAAAAGAAGAAUUCAAACCAAAUAAUUUAAAUGAUCCACCCAGUGGUUCCGAGAGUCCAGCUGAUGAGCCUGAUCCUGAUGCCAUGGAUGAAACAGACUGGAACUGUUCUUGGUGUCCAGAACCAACCGGUUGUUUUAAAACUCGUCAUGAAUAUUCACUUUAUCUAAUGUCACAUAAUCACAGAUUACGGCGACUGUGUCAUUAUUUCAUAUCGCGACCAUGGUUUGACAAUGGUAUUUUGUUUUUUAUUGCUUUAAACUGCAUCACGUUGGCCAUGGAGAGACCAGAUAUUCCACCAGAUAGUGUGGAGCGCCAAUUUCUUACCUAUGCCAAUUAUAUUUUUACAACAAUAUUUUCUGCCGAGAUGAUAGUAAAGGUAAUAGCUAAAGGUGUUAUAGUAGGAAAACAUGCAUAUUUAAAGAGUGGAUGGAAUGUGAUGGAUGGUUUCCUUGUUGUUAUCUCCCUUGUUGAUAUAAUUAUCUCCCUUAGUGCCUCAAGUUCUCCACGUAUCUUUGGUAUUCUGCGGGUGUUCAGACUGCUCCGAACAUUACGACCCCUGAGAGUUAUAAGUCGAGCACCAGGAUUAAAAUUAGUUGUACAGACACUUUUAUCAUCAUUACGUCCAAUUGGAAACAUUGUUUUAAUUUGCUGCACAUUCUUCAUUAUUUUUGGUAUCCUAGGAGUACAGUUAUUUAAGGGAUCUUUCUUCUACUGCAAAGGACCAAGUGCACUUCAUAUACAGAAUAAAACCCAGUGUCUAGCUGACAAGAGCAACAUGUGGAUUAAUCAAAAAUAUAAUUUUGAUAAUUUGGGUCAGGCGUUGAUGUCAUUAUUUGUAUUGGCAUCUAAAGAUGGAUGGGUCAGUAUCAUGUAUACAGGAUUAGAUGCUGUCGGUGUAGAUCAACAGCCACAGGAGAAUUACAGCGAGUGGCGCCUCCUUUAUUUCAUCUCCUUUCUCUUAUUGGUUGGUUUCUUCGUCUUAAACAUGUUCGUCGGGGUCGUCGUAGAAAAUUUCCACAAAUGUCGAGAAACCCAAGAAAUGGAAGAAAGAGCUCAAAGAUUUGCCAAACGGCAAGAAAAGUUAGAAAAGAAACGCAAGAGUGAGGGAGUUUCUACAACUAGCACUGGUUUGUAA